AUGAGUUCAGACCAGGAAAUGGCCAUUUUUGGGGAGGCAGCUCCGUACCUCCGAAAGUCUGAAAAGGAGCGCAUUGAGGCCCAGAAUAGGCCCUUUGAUGCCAAGACAUCUGUCUUUGUGGCGGAGCCCAAAGAAUCCUUUGUGAAAGGGACCAUCCAGAGCAGAGAAGGAGGGAAAGUGACGGUGAAGACCGAAGCUGGAGCGACUCUGACAGUGAAAGAUGAUCAAGUCUUCCCCAUGAACCCUCCCAAGUAUGACAAGAUCGAGGACAUGGCCAUGAUGACCCACCUGCACGAGCCCGCUGUUCUGUACAACCUCAAAGAGCGUUAUGCGGCCUGGAUGAUCUACACCUACUCGGGCCUCUUCUGUGUCACCGUGAACCCCUACAAGUGGCUGCCGGUGUACAACCCCGAGGUGGUGGGCGCCUACCGAGGCAAGAAGCGUCAGGAGGCCCCGCCCCACAUCUUCUCCAUCUCCGACAACGCCUAUCAGUUCAUGCUGACGGACCGAGAGAAUCAGUCAAUCCUGAUCACCGGAGAAUCUGGUGCUGGGAAGACUGUGAACACCAAGCGUGUCAUCCAGUACUUUGCAACAAUUGCAGUCACUGGGGACAAGAAGAAGGAGGAAGCUACCUCUGGCAAAAUGCAGGGGACCCUUGAAGAUCAAAUCAUCAGCGCCAACCCCCUACUGGAGGCCUUUGGCAACGCCAAGACCGUGAGGAAUGACAACUCCUCUCGCUUUGGUAAAUUCAUCAGAAUCCACUUUGGCACCACAGGGAAGCUGGCUUCUGCUGAUAUUGAAACAUAUCUGCUAGAGAAGUCUAGAGUUACUUUCCAGCUUAAGGCGGAAAGGAGCUAUCAUAUUUUUUAUCAGAUCACAUCGAACAAGAAACCAGAACUAAUUGAAAUGCUUCUGAUCACCACCAACCCAUAUGACUACCCAUUUGUCAGUCAAGGGGAGAUCAGUGUGGCUAGCAUUGAUGAUCAAGAAGAGCUGAUGGCAACAGAUAGUGCUAUUGAUAUUUUGGGCUUCACUAGUGAAGAGAAAGUCUCCAUCUACAAGCUCACAGGGGCUGUGAUGCAUUAUGGGAACUUGAAGUUCAAGCAGAAGCAGCGGGAGGAGCAGGCUGAGCCAGAUGGCACUGAAGUUGCUGACAAGGCGGCCUAUCUCCAGAAUCUGAACUCUGCUGACCUGCUCAAAGCCCUCUGCUACCCCAGGGUCAAGGUCGGCAAUGAGUACGUCACCAAAGGCCAGACUGUAGAGCAGGUGACCAACGCUGUGGGAGCUCUGGCCAAAGCCAUCUAUGAGAAGAUGUUCCUGUGGAUGGUCACCCGCAUCAACCAGCAGCUGGACACCAAACAGCCCAGACAGUACUUCAUCGGGGUCUUGGACAUCGCCGGCUUUGAGAUCUUUGAUUUCAACAGCCUGGAGCAGCUGUGCAUCAACUUCACCAACGAGAAGCUGCAACAGUUCUUCAACCACCACAUGUUCGUGCUGGAGCAGGAGGAGUACAAGAAGGAGGGCAUCGAGUGGACCUUCAUCGACUUCGGGAUGGACCUGGCUGCCUGCAUUGAGCUCAUCGAGAAGCCCAUGGGCAUCUUCUCUAUCCUGGAAGAGGAGUGCAUGUUCCCCAAGGCCACAGACACCUCCUUCAAGAACAAGCUAUACGAACAGCAUCUUGGAAAGUCGGCCAACUUCCAGAAGCCCAAGGUUGUCAAAGGCAAGGCUGAGGCGCACUUCUCUCUGAUCCACUACGCCGGCACCGUGGACUACAACAUUGGUGGCUGGCUGGACAAGAACAAGGACCCCUUGAACGAGACCGUGGUCGGGCUGUACCAGAAGUCUGCAAUGAAGACUCUGGCUCUCCUCUUUGCUGGGGGACAAACUGCCGAAGGAGAGGCAAGUGGUGGUCCCAAGAAAGGUGGCAAGAAGAAGGGUUCUUCUUUCCAGACUGUGUCUGCCCUUUUCAGAGAGAAUUUGAACAAACUGAUGACCAACCUCAGGAGUACCCAUCCUCAUUUUGUGCGCUGUAUCAUCCCCAAUGAAACAAAAACUCCCGGGGCCAUGGAGCAUGAACUUGUCCUGCACCAGCUGCGGUGUAACGGUGUGCUAGAAGGGAUCCGCAUCUGCAGGAAGGGGUUCCCAAGCAGGAUCCUUUAUGCAGAUUUCAAACAGAGAUACAAGGUAUUAAAUGCAAGUGCUAUCCCCGAAGGACAGUUCAUUGACAGCAAGAAGGCUUCUGAGAAGCUCCUUGCAUCCAUCGACAUUGACCACACCCAGUAUAAAUUUGGUCACACCAAGGUCUUUUUCAAAGCUGGUCUUCUGGGGCUCCUAGAGGAGAUGCGAGAUGACAAGUUGGCCCAGCUGAUAACUAGAACCCAGGCCAGGUGCAGAGGGUUCUUGGCAAGAGUGGAGUACCAGAAGAUGGUAGAGAGAAGGGAGUCCAUCUUCUGCAUCCAGUACAACAUCCGCGCCUUCAUGAACGUCAAGCACUGGCCCUGGAUGAAGCUCUUCUUCAAGAUCAAGCCUCUCCUCAAGAGCGCAGAGACCGAGAAGGAGAUGGCCACCAUGAAGGAAGAGUUUCAGAAAACCAAAGACGAGCUCGCCAAGUCAGAGGCCAAAAGGAAGGAACUGGAGGAAAAAAUGGUGACUCUCUUGAAAGAGAAAAAUGACCUGCAGCUCCAGGUUCAGGCUGUAAGUAGUGGAGUCAUGAUCGAUGACCUCGCCAGUAACAUGGAGACGGUCUCCAAAGCCAAGGGAAACCUCGAGAAAACAUGCCGCACCCUGGAGGACCAGCUUAGUGAAGUGAAAACGAAGGAAGAGGAACAGCAACGCCUCAUCAAUGAGUUGUCAGCCCAGAAGGCUCGUUUACACACAGAAUCAGGUGAAUUUUCACGACAGCUAGAUGAGAAAGAAGCUCUGGUGUCUCAGCUAUCACGAGGCAAACAAGCAUUUACACAACAGAUUGAGGAAUUAAAGAGGCAGCUGGAAGAGGAGUCUAAGGCCAAGAACGCCCUGGCCCACGCCCUGCAGUCCUCCCGCCACGACUGUGACCUGCUGCGGGAACAGUAUGAGGAGGAGCAGGAAUCCAAGGCCGAGCUGCAGAGGGCGCUGUCCAAGGCUAACAGCGAGGUGGCCCAGUGGAGGACCAAAUACGAGACGGACGCCAUCCAGCGCACGGAGGAGCUAGAGGAGGCCAAGAAGAAGCUGGCCCAGCGUCUGCAGGAUGCUGAGGAACAUGUGGAGGCCGUGAAUUCCAAAUGUGCUUCCCUCGAAAAGACGAAGCAGAGGCUCCAGAAUGAGGUAGAGGACCUCAUGCUGGACGUGGAGAGAUCUAACGCCGCCUGCGCCGCCCUGGACAAGAAGCAGAGGAACUUUGACAAGGUCCUGGCAGAGGGGAAACAGAAGCAUGAGGAAACUCAGGCUGAACUUGAGGCCUCCCAGAAGGAGGCCCGCGCACUCAGCACUGAGCUGUUCAAGGUCAAGAACGCCUAUGAGGAAUCCCUGGAUCACCUGGAAACCCUGAAGCGAGAGAACAAGAACUUACAGCAGGAGAUUUCAGACCUGACGGAGCAGAUUGCAGAGGGGGGAAAGCAUAUCCAUGAAUUGGAGAAAGUGAAGAAACAGGUAGAUCAAGAGAAGAGUGAACUGCAGGCUGCUCUGGAGGAAGCAGAGGGAUCUCUUGAGCACGAAGAAGGCAAAAUCCUUCGCAUCCAGCUUGAGUUAAACCAGGUGAAAUCUGAGAUUGACCGGAAAAUUGCUGAAAAAGAUGAAGAAAUCGAUCAGCUAAAAAGAAACCACAUCAGAGUGGUGGAGUCAAUGCAGAGCACCCUGGAUGCUGAGAUCAGGAGCAGGAAUGAUGCCCUAAGGAUCAAGAAGAAAAUGGAGGGAGACCUCAAUGAGAUGGAAAUCCAGCUGAACCACGCCAACCGCCAGGCUGCAGAGGCAAUAAGGAAUCUUAGAAACACACAAGGAAUACUGAAGGACACUCAGCUACAUUUGGACGAUGCCAUCAGAGGCCAAGAUGACCUUAAAGAACAGCUGGCCAUGGUGGAGCGCAGAGCCAACCUGCUGCAGGCUGAGACUGAAGAGCUAAGGGCAUCCUUGGAGCAGACCGAGAGGAGCAAGAAGGUGGCAGAGCAAGAGCUUCUGGAUGCCAGUGAGCGUGUGCAACUCUUGCACACCCAGAACACCAGCCUGAUCAACACCAAGAAGAAGCUGGAGACAGACAUUUCCCAGAUCCAGGGAGAGAUGGAGGAAAUUGUCCAGGAAGCCCGCAACGCAGAGGAGAAGGCCAAGAAGGCCAUCACUGAUGCGGCCAUGAUGGCCGAGGAGCUGAAGAAGGAGCAGGACACCAGCGCCCACCUGGAGCGCAUGAAGAAGAACCUGGAGCAGACGGUGAAGGACCUGCAGCACCGUCUGGACGAGGCUGAGCAGCUGGCCCUGAAGGGCGGGAAGAAGCAGAUCCAGAAGCUGGAGGCCAGGGUGAGGGAACUUGAAAAUGAGGUUGAAAAUGAGCAGAAGCGCAACGUCGAGGCUGUCAAGGGUCUUCGCAAACAUGAGAGGAGAGUGAGGGAACUCACUUACCAGACUGAGGAGGAUCGCAAGAACAUUCUUAGGCUGCAGGACUUGGUGGACAAAUUACAAACCAAAGUUAAAGCUUAUAAGAGACAAGCUGAAGAGGCUGAGGAACAAUCCAAUGUCAACCUUGCCAAGUUUCGCAAGAUCCAGCACGAGCUGGAGGAGGCCGAGGAACGGGCUGACAUUGCUGAGUCCCAGGUCAACAAGCUGCGGGUGAAGAGCCGGGAGGUUCACACGAAAGUCAUAAGUGAAGAGUAA